UAACUCAAACAGGAUAAAAGAGGGAGGCGUGCUAAUCCCUCUCCGUCGCUUUUUAUCUUUCCCCCCUUAUCAUAAUGGACUCUCUUGCUCUCGUUUGCACUGGAGCUCUUCUCGCCGGCGGGCUUUACUGGUUCGUCUGCAUUCUCGGUCCAGCAGAGCAAAAAGGCAAACGCGCCGUAGAUCUAUCCGGUGGCUCGAUCUCGGCCGAGAAAGUCCAGGAUAACUACAAGCAGUACUGGUCCUUCUUUCGCCGCCCCAAAGAAAUCGAAACGGCCGAGAAAGUCCCCGAUUUCGUGGACACAUUCUACAACUUAGUAACCGAUAUAUACGAGUGGGGAUGGGGUCAGUCCUUCCACUUCUCUCCCUCUGUUCCUGGAAAGUCCCACCGCGACGCAACGCGCCUCCAUGAAGAGAUGGCCGUCGAUCUCAUCGAUGUGAAGCCUGGAGAACGAAUCCUGGACGUUGGAUGCGGCGUCGGGGGCCCCAUGCGCGCCAUCGCCGCUCACUCGCGCGCUAAUGUUGUAGGCAUCACAAUCAACGAGUAUCAGGUUAACCGUGCGCGUUUGCACAACAAGAAAGCCGGUCUCGAUUCGCUUUGUGAAGUUGUUUGUGGGAAUUUCCUUGAGAUGCCGUUUCCAGACAACAGUUUCGACGGCGCGUACUCUAUCGAAGCUACUUGUCACGCGCCGAAGCUGGAAGAGGUAUACGCAGAGAUCUUUCGAGUGUUGAAGCCAGGAUCUCUCUACGUGUCCUACGAAUGGGUCACAACUGACAAGUACAGGGCUAGUGAUCCUCAACACGUGGAGAUCAUUCAAGGCAUUGAAAGAGGAGAUGCUUUGCCGGGGCUGAGAAGCUACGCAGACAUUGCCGAGACGGCGAGAAAGGUAGGGUUCGAAGUAGUGAAAGAGAAGGAUUUAGCAAAACCACCAGCGCAGCCAUGGUGGACUAGGCUAAAGAUGGGAAGGAUUGCCUACUGGAGGAAUCACAUUCUCGUUACUAUAUUGGCUGCUUUGGGUAUCGCACCGAAGGGAACCGUGGAUGUCCACGAGAUGCUUUUCAAAACAGCCGAUCAUUUGACACAGGGCGGCGAGACUGGAAUUUUCUCUCCGAUGCAUAUGGUUCUCUGCAGAAAACCUGAGAGCCCUUCAAAUUCUUAACCCCCCAAAACCAAAAAAGACUGAGGUAACACCUGGUUAAUUAUGUUGCAGUAACUCUGUUCUUCCCUUUCUUUCCCUUGUGACCUUAGUUUUCCUUUUUAUUUUUUUAGGUUUUCUUUUUCCUUUCUAAAUCUUGAUUUUUGUUAUGAUCUUUGUAUUUUUGCUUUCGAAUUUAUUUAAAUGUCAUGGCUGGAUCUCGUUCUUUUCCUCU